AUGGCUACCUACACGGAGAAGAAAGGCUCUCUCGAAAUAGUUGAUGCCGGCACCGACAAUGGUCUGGAGAAGAAUGCGCAGUACGAUCAGGCAGAGGUCGUGUUCGACCCUGUUGCCGAGCGCAAGCUUCGCGUGAAGCUCGAUUGGUACUUGAUGCCACUGGUCAGCAUCGUCUAUCUGCUCUGCUUCAUCGAUCGCUCCAAUAUCGGCAACUCCCGACUUGCCGGACUUGAGAAAGAUCUUGGUAUGUCAGGCUACCAGUACAACGCCUGCCUAUCGAUCUUCUAUAUCUCUUAUAUCACCUUUGAGAUCCCGCUCAACAUGGUCUGCAAGUGGAUUGGACCUGGCUGGUUCAUCCCGAUCUGUUGCAUCGGUUUUGGGAUCUGCACCAUCGGCACGGCAUUUGUCAAUGACUUCUCCCAGCUCUGCGCUCUCCGAUUCCUCCUCGGCAUCUUCGAAGCCCCUAUGCUACCGGCAACUGUCUACUAUCUAUCUCGCUGGUACAGACGAAGCGAGCUGACGUUCCGUCUGUCUCUCUUCAUCAUCUCGGCCUCGCUGGCCGGCGCCUUUGGCGGACUUCUUGCCUCUGCAAUUCUCAGACUUCCAGGGGUGGGGUCGGUCCAUUCGUGGAAGAUGAUCUUCCUCAUUGAGGGAAUCGUCACUGUCGUUGUCGGAAUCGUCGCGUUGGGCACCCUGACCGACCGACCCGAGAGCGCAAGGUGGUUGACAGAGGAGCAGAAGACACUAGCGAAUGACCGCGUCAAAUCAGAGAGAAUCGCAACGACUGAGGUCGUGGACAAGUUCACCCGGGCAAAGCUCAAGCGCGGACUCACGAGUCCCAUUGCCAUCACCACUGCUAUGAUCUUCCUCCUGAACAACAUUACGGUACAGGGACUGGCGUUCUUCCUCCCUACAAUCGUUGCAACCAUCUUCCCGAAGAGGACGGUCGUCGAUCAACAGCUCCUGACCGUACCACCAUACGCCCUCGGGACAGUCAUGUGCCUCGCCAUCUGUUUCCUCAGCUACAAGCUUGACAAGAGAGGCAUCUUCCUCAUCCUCUGCGCACCUUUCUCCAUGAUAGGAUACUCAAUGUUCCUUGCCACAUCGGCUGCUCACGUGCGAUAUGCAGCGACCUUCCUGCCAGUCUGCGGCAUCUACGCCUACGGUGCCAUGACGACUUCUCACGUGUCGGCCAACUUGGUCUCGGACACUGCCCGCUCGUCUGGUAUCGCCUUCACGGUCAUGCUCAGCAAUUUCGGCAGCCUCAUCUCCACCUGGGCGUUCCUCCCAUUCGACUCUCCAGUGUACCGUAUUGGCAAUGGCUUGAACCUGGCAGCUCAGUCUACUAUGUUCAUACUCGCACUUGGAAUGUAUUUCUGGAUAAAGGCCGAGAACAAGAAGCGAGACCAGAGGGAUGUUCAAGCGGAAUUGGCAGGGCUAAGCCUUAGUGAGAUCCAGGAUCUUGAUUGGCACCACCCUGGCUUCAGGUUCCGCAACUAA